CGAAUAACUACUCUCUCUUGAUUUCCUUACAAAUAGGGGAACAAAUGUUUUGUUCAUUCCCCUACAUCCUGCACAUCGUUUAGUGGAUUUUGUUGCCAGGAAAGAUAUAGUCACCGUCAUGACAGAAGUUGUCAGCAAUAUUUCUCCCCCUCCUGGUGCUGUAGCAACCGUAUCAGAUGCACCUCCCAUCCAUUACAUGGUUAAAAUAGAGUCAUUUUCGUCACUUGGGAAAAAUGCAGUGGAGACAUAUGAAUCAGGGGUUUUUGAAGCUGGAGGCUAUAAAUGGAAAUUAGUUCUUUAUCCGAACGGAAACAAGAGCAAUAAUGUAAAAGAUCACAUCUCUCUCUAUUUAGCAAUGGUUGACGCAAGUUCUCUUCCACGUGGUUGGGAGGUCAACGUGAUUUUCCGGUUGUUCUUGCUUGACCAAAACAAGGACAGCUACUUGGUAAUUCAAGCAGGAAAGGAAAGACGCUUUCAUGGAUUGAAGCUUGAAUGUGGUUUUGAUCAAUUCAUUAAGCUUUCAACAUUUAAUGAUGCUCGUUAUGGAUUCGUUCUGGAAGACACUUGUGUGCUUGGAGCUGAAGUAUUUGUCUGUGGAGAAAGAAGCAGAGGCAAAGGAGAGGUCUUAUCAAUGAAAAAGGAUCCUACUGCUUCCAAGUACACUUGGAAGAUCGUGGACUUUUCCAAGUUGGAUGAAAAACGCCAAGAAUCACAAAUAUUCAGCACGGGAGAUCAUCAAUGGAAGAUAGUGCUCUAUCCUAAGGGAAAAGGUCCUGGAAUGGGCACCCAUCUUUCUCUGUACUUGGCUCUGGAUUUGGCAACGCUCCCUGCUGGUUGCAGAGUAUAUGCGGAAUACACCUUGCGCCUUGUGGAUCAAUUAUAUGACAGAAAGUUCGACAUGUAUGGUAAAGCUAAAAGCUGGUUUGGUGCGUCAAGCUCAGAAAAUGGAUGGUCAAGAUAUGGUCUCCUGAGUUUAUAUCAGUCAAACAAUUACCUUUUUGCCAAGGACAUUUGCAUGAUUGAAGCAGAGGUCAUAGUACUUGGAAUUGGUUCUCCCUUUUAGUUAUGAUUUUAUUUUAUUUUAUUUUCAAUGAGAAAUAUAAUGGAUAUCAUGUAAAGAAUUUCAUCGACUUUACUAAUGGGAAGGGACUUAUGCUAUUGUUUGUUGACA